AUGUCUGCAAUCCAAGAGGUAGACAAACAGCUUGUUAUCAACAAGUACAACAAACUGUUUCUAUUCGACGAUUCCGAUCGGAACCUAAUCUCUUCAGAUGGUGUCAAGUUCAAGAUCCAUAAAUGUAAGCUACAGUCAUUCAGUCCUGUAUUCCAAGGCAUGUUUGAAGCAGGAGAUCAAUACGACAGAAGAACAGGAAAAAGUAGACUGCAACUUACCGAUGAUACUCUCGAAAACGGUAAGAUCAUUUCAGUGUUCUUGCGAAUCAUCUAUGGCAUCAAGCUGGACCCACCUUCGGAUUGGCUAGAAUUGCACAAUAAAUAUGAACCACUUGUCAAACUUAUCGAUAAAUAUGAUAUCAUCACUGCCAGGGAACAUCUUUGUAUUUGUUUUACCCUUUGGGCAACGACCAGCGAAUUUUCCACCCAUCGAUAUUUGCUACUUGGAUCCCAGUUGAAUCGACAUGAGCUGGUUAUUGCAGCUUUGAAGAACAAUACCGAUUCGACAUGGCAAGCCUCAACGGACAAUCUCAUCAGACGAGAAGCUCUAGUUGAAUAUCAUAUCAAACGCGAGAACACUCUGAAUCUAGCUUCCUGGUCUUUAAAGCAUUUCCGAUCGAUGUCAACAGAUGAUAUUUUCCUUUGGCUAAGGGCCAGAGAGAAUGUCUUGGGAAGUGCGAAACCCAAGAUGGACUAUCAAGCGAUUAGUACGGAAUUCGAGAAACUACGGAACGAUCUUAGAUAG